GUGUCAGCAGUCAAAGCGUCGAGCAGCUGUGUGGGUAGUGCGAGUGAUAUAACCUCAAAACGCGUGGAUUUUGUUAAAUUCGCAAGGGUUUCGUUCAGUUUUUUCCGCAAAAAUCGUCGUUUUUCCGCAUAACUGGUCGAACCAUGGCGACCGUAUUCGACAUCGAGCUGCACGACGUCGAAACUGUCGAACUGUCCUCGGACUCGGACACCGAAAUUGAAAUCGAGGGAUACAUCGAUGAAAAUCCCAACCCAAAUGAGGUCAUUGAUUUGACAGACGGCGAUUUUGAUACAGUGGAAAUAACUGAGGCCAAUGUGAAUCCGACGGAGGAGCGCAUGUCGCCGAAGGAUUUCGAUCUAUUGAAGGUGUUGGGCAAGGGAGGUUAUGGUAAAGUGUUCCAAUGCCGCAAGCGGACUGGCGCAGACGCCGGCAAAAUUUUCGCAAUGAAAGUGCUGCGCAAAGCGUCAAUUGUGCGCAACCAGAAGGACGUGUCGCACACCAAAGCGGAACGCAAUAUACUCGAAAGCGUAAUGAUUUUACUUAGCCGAAAUCAUCCUGGCUCUGGAACACUUGCACAGUUUGGGAAUAAUCUAUCGUGAUCUGAAGCCGGAAAAUAUACUUCUAGACCAGGAGGGCCACGUGAAAUUGACCGAUUUCGGCCUGUCCAAAGAGCAUAUUCAGGACAACACCAGAACGCUGACCUUCUGUGGCACCAUCGAGUAUAUGGCUCCGGAAAUUAUUCUCAGAUUGGGGCACGGAAAGGCGGCCGAUUGGUGGUCUUUGGGGGCUCUCCUCUAUGAUAUGACUACGGGAGCGCCUCCGUUUCAUGGCGGCAAUCGCAAAGCCACCAUAGAACUGAUCCUGCGCGGCAAGCUGACGUUUCCCCAAUAUAUGACAACUGACAUGAAGGACAUUCUGCGUCGCCUGCUGAAAAAGAAGCCACAAGACCGUCUGGGGGCGCCACCGGACGACGCCAAAGCCAUCAAAAAACAUCCAUUUUUCAAACACAUCAACUGGGAGGACGUGAUGAACAAGCGAAUCGAGCCCCCAUACAAACCAUGCGUGUCCAGUGAAGAUGACGUGUCACAGUUCGAUCCGAAAUUCACUCGGCAAACGCCAGUCGAUUCGCCAGUUGACUCGUUUUUGAGCGAAAGCGUCAAUAUGAUUUUUGAGGGUUUCACGUACGUGGCACCGUCGAUUUUGGAGGAUUUGUACAAACCGUCGAUACUAAAGUCGCGUUCGCCUCGCAAACUCGGCUCGUCUUCCUAUCGUGUGCCCACGCAUCCUUUUGGCUUCAAUUUGCCGAGUUUCGGGCCCUCCUCAUCACAUCCCCACCACAAUCUCCACCAGCACGGGCACAAUCAUGUCGGCUUUCACGAUCAGGCUGCCCCCUAUGAUGCACACUCGUCCGGCGCCAGUGGUGGCGGCAUCCCGAUUCGCCGGCCAUUAUCUCAUCAGCACUGUCCCGAAAUGAUGGAAGUCAGUAGCGGAGGCGGCGCCGGCGCAUUAUCCCACGUAUAGUACAAUUCGUUUAGUAAAGUUAACCGGGAAUUUUCGUUCAAUUUUUCCGGUCGAAUUGGAAACACGUUUCGGAUCGUUUCGGGAACCACCAUCUUCAAUGUGUGUACAUAGUUGAAAAUAAAUAAAACGACUGAUUUUUUAGCGGUUAA